UUCCCAGGGCCGAUGGGGGGGGGGAGGGUGUGAUGGGGGUGACGCACCCCGGGACAGACCCCCCCCACACCCCCGGCCGGCCCUGCCGGGGCGGGGCGGGGCGGGACGAGGCGGGGCCGCCCCCCCUCCCUCCCCCGCCGCCGCCGGGGCCGCCUCCCGCGGGCGCGCAUCUGCUCCGCUCCGCUCUCCCGGGAGAUCCGCGGACACACCUCCCGCUGGGACCGUGCCGAGCCGGGCCGAGCCGAGCCGGGCCGGGCCAUGGCCCCGCCGGGCCCCGGGGCGCUGCGCUGCGCGCUCCUGUGCGCGCUCCUGUGCGCGCAGGGACCCGCUCCCACCCGCGCAGGUACGGCCGGGGGGCGAGAGUGUGGCAAGCUGAGGUCCUGCGAGAUGUGUACGGGCAGGACCCACCCCCACAACGGCACCGACUGCGUCUGGGUGGGCUGCGGGACCCCCGAGGAGCCAGAAACAGGGAGCUGCGUGCGGAGAGGCUCGGCGGUGCGGGAGAGCUGCGCGCUCUACAACAGCAGCACCCUGUGCCGAGCACUGAAGUCCCACACGGAAGAGCCUCCACGAUCCCAUAGCAAGGAGCCAGUGACACACCCCACAAGGACCACCACCACCAGUGCCCCGCUGACAGGCAGCCCCGAGUUUCACCCGCCCGGCUUCGACACGGCGAGUUUCAUCGGGGGCAUCGUGCUGGUGCUGUGUGUGCAGGCCGUCACCUUCUUCAUCAUCAAGUUCAUCAAGUCAAAGGACAGCACCUACCAAACACUGUAA